AUGACGAGAGGAUUCUUCGUAAAUUUACCGACCGAAAACAAGAUUGAUAUCCUCUCAAGGCUCUCCGCCCGAGACGUUAUUAUUGUGGUUCGGUCUGGUGUGGAGUCUAACUCGUACGAAAUCUUUGAAUUUCAAGACAGCCUUGACCUUGAGCACCAUGAUCUCCGCAACAGUUUGGUCACCAAGGUUGUUUCCCCUCGUGCUGAAGCGCUUCAGGGUUCAGCUAAUGGGUUGGUUUUUAUGACGGGUGACACACCUUGUGAUCUUUAUGUAUGCAACCCUGUAACACGAGACUUUAUCAAGCUUUGUCCGUAUCCUGACUCUCUCGACUCUUCGUCUAAUAUAGUUAUAUUUGGAUUUGGAGUGACCAAAACGACUGGUCAACAUAAGGUGGUUGCGGCUGUCUGUGACUAUGAGUUAGCAGAGAAUCCGUUUAGAUUUACAGUUACCAGAUCUCACUGUGAGAACCAAAAUCCCCAUCACGAAUAUCUUGCUUUGAUCUUGAAACAGAGCAUUUCAGCACGUUCUCUCUCCCAUCCUCCUCUUCUGACAAAAGGAGGGUCUGUUGGGAUCUUGUCGGUUUUGGAGGGUCGUCUAUGCUUAUGUGAUAAUUCAUCCGAAGGAAAAAUCAUUAUCUGGGUGAUGAGGGAAUAUGGGGUGGCGAAGUCUUGGAUAAAGGAAUAUGUCAUCAACAAAGAUGCCAAGCUUUGUGGAGAUGAUGGGCUUGUUUCCCCUAUUAAGGUUUUUAAAAAUGGGGACAUCUUGAUGAAAUGUGAUGAGUCCCUGCUGUUCUACUACAAUGGCAAGACACAAUCUUCGCGGAAGAUCGAGAUGUUUGAUGCUCGUGGUGGAGAUCAAUCUCGUGUAGAUGCGAUUCUUCUCCACACCUCAAGCUUUCUAUCCCUGAGAAGUUUUGGAAUGGAAGACUUAUAUUCGUUCUGA